CCAUGCCGGAAAGGCGAAGCAUCGAACCGUUCGAAUCAUGCCAUCGUCAUGGGGCCCCUCGGGGAUCGGAAAAUAAAGAAAACAGUCCUGCAUGCUGCCGUCUCUGCAGCGUCGUCAAUCCAGCGCCUUUCCGCAACGUAGCUUCUUGCUAACCAGAACUCAACCUACCUCUUGCCUUUGCUGGCGAAGCAGCUGCGGCGCCGAAAGAUCGUUUCCCAGCGUCUAGUAGCUCGGCAUCGCGUUUGCUGAGAGACACAAAAAAUGCCGGGUUUGGCAGCGUUCACGAGCCCCAUCGCGUGGCACAUCCUCAGCUAUGGCACCGUCCUCGGCACGUCCGUCUUCAACACGUUCUUCCAAGGCAUAGUCGCCUUCAAAGUUCUACCGCGACCCUCCUUCUCGGUCCUCCAGCAGAAGCUGUUCCCGUACUACUUCGCCCUGCAGACCGGCUUGCCGGUUGCCAGUCUGCUGUCGUUCCCUACUUCCUCGCUGUCGAACCUGACGGCAGGCGACAAUCUCUGGCAGGUUACGAUGCCGCUUACGCUUUCGGCCCUGCUAGGUGCGACGAAUUGGCUUGUUCUGGGCCCGUGGACAACGUCAGUCAUAAAGCAAAGAAAGCAUCAAGAGACGCGAGAUGGAAAGAAGUAUUAUGACGAUGGCCCGAAGAGCGCGGAGAUGCAGAAGUUGAACAAGACCUUUGCCGCGUUGCAUGGCGUAAGCAGUCUGGUCAACCUGGUGGACAUCUUUGUCAUGGUCUAUUACGGCUUCGUACUUGCUGGUCGAGUCACCAUCGCUACUUGAGAAGAGUCAUGUACCUGCAGAGGACCGCUAGAAUCUAUAAAUCAACAUUCACAAUGUGUUGAUGUAAAGUGCAUGCAUAUACAGAAUUGAACCCUCGAAUUCCUUCCCAAUUAA